AUGAAUGCAAAGCCUUCUUUAUCUAUUCAAAGAUCAGGUGCAAGACAACUUAGUAACUUUGGCGUUUCUGGGACUAUGCCUUCUUCUUUUCCUGUACUGCCAACUCCUUCGGGAGAAAGAUAUCCUAUUCUACCAGACUCCCAUCAGGUCUCCAUGGAGAGGGAACUCAUGCAACAUUCUCCAGCUGUCAUUUCACCAAUGUCUUCCAACAGUGGGGUAGUUGGCCAUUUAUUUUCUUCAUCCUCGGGGUUUUCUACUGAUCUUCAUUUUUCAUCUGUCCUGCAACAAGAAGACCAUCCAAGAAAAUCUCAUCUCAUAUCCCAAUCAACUAACAGUGGGACUUCACUUAUAUUGCCUGAUGCUGUUGAUUCUGAAGUUCCUCGAUCCACAGCAUCAAGUCACUAUAACAAGGAAGAAAACAAUUCUUGGUGUACAGAUACACUGCCUGAUUGUCUUGAUUAUCCAAGAAGUACCUCUAUCCAGAAUAAUCAACUAGAAAGGAGCAACUAUGGUGGCAUUGCCAUUCCAUCUGAGGAUCUUACUAAACAUAAUGAUUGGCAGGAAUGGGCUGACCAGCUUAUCACUGAUAAUGGUGCUUUGACUACUGACUUGAAUGAUCUCCUUGCUGAUGCAAGUAUUGCAAUUCCAGAACCAAAGGUACAUCAUCACAUGUCCAAUCUGUCAACAAAUUUCUCAGUACAGCAUCCCAAUAAUCAGCUUCCAGCUACACCUGGAGAAACUUGCACAGCUGUUGCUCAAUCAUCUUCCGCAAAUUGUGCUCAAACCAAGCAACGAAUGCGUUGGACACCAGAACUUCAUGAAGCCUUUGUGGAGGCAGUCAACAAGCUUGGUGGAAGUGAAAGAGCCACUCCUAAGGGUGUCCUAAAGCUAAUGAAAGCUGAAGGUUUGACCAUCUAUCACGUAAAAAGCCACCUACAGAAAUACCGAACAGCUAGAUACAAACCAGAGACGACAGAAGAAUCUUCAGAAAAAAAACUGACCUCUAUUGAAGAUCUGUCAUCUCUAGACAUGAAAACGGGCAUUGAGAUCACUGAAGCUUUGAGAAUGCAAAUGGAAGUCCAAAAGCAGCUUCAUGAGCAGCUUGAGAUUCAAAGAAAUCUGCAACUUCGAAUAGAAGAACAAGGGCGUUACCUUCAGAUGAUGUUUGAGAAGCAGUGUAAGUCGGGUAUGGACUUGCUCAAGGGGACUUCUUCUGCAACUGAGAACCCAUUAAAGGAGUUCACGGAUGCAGUUGGAAAUGCUCCCUCUAAAGAUGAUUCAGGAGUACCAGUUGACAAUUGCGAAACAGGAGGGAAAUCAGCAGGGGAAAAUUCUCAGGAUGUGGGAGAGAAACAUAAAGCUCACGAGACUGAAGUUGCCGGAAGUUGUGAGGCAAAUGUAGCUGGCUCGUCCAAUUUGCCAGCAUCCAAGCGUGCUAAAGUGCAUAGUUAG